AUGUAUAGAGGUUUGGCAGAAGCAAUUUUAAGAGGAGAAACAGAUGUUUCUUCACAAAGAAGACGUGUUAUAUUGCCUUCUUCUUUUACAAGUGGGGCACGAUACAUGAUUCAAAAUUACCAAGAUGCAAUGGCAAUUUGUAAAUGGGCUGGAUACCCUGAGCUUUUUAUCACACUUACAUGUAGUCCAAAAUGGCCAGAGGUUGUUCGUUUUGUAGAAAGUAGAGGUUUAAAACCUGAAGACCGGCUAGAUAUACUUUGUAGGAUAUUCAAAGUCAAGCUAGAUCAGUUGGUAAAAGAUCUCAGACAAAACAAGAUAUUUGGAAAAGUCAAAGCAGUUUUGAAGUUGACAAAGAACAUGAGACUUCAAAGUAUUGACUCGGACAUUGACAAGGAUGAAUUGAAGGCUUUUUCAGAAUGGAUAUCAAGUAGUGGAGAUGGAAUAAUUCGCGGUCUGAAUGAUGGUCAUGCAAUGAUUGAUAUACCUGAUGAUCUUUUGAUAAAGGAUACAGAAGAUUCAGCUGCAUCUAUUGUAAAUACCACGUAUCCUUCUUUCUCAGAGAAUAUUAAUGACCCAUUAUAUUUGCAAGAAAGAGCCAUACUUGCUCCGACUCUUGACAUUGUUGAAUCCAUAAAUAACUAUGUGAGUUCCCUUAAUCGAACUGAGGAAAAUACAUAUUUAAGUUCUGAUGCAACUUGUAGAUCUGAUUCGAACAUUGAUCUUAUAGGAGAUCUUCAUACACUUGAAUUUUUGAAUGCUAUAAAAUGCUCUGGGAUGCCUAAUCAUCAGUUGAAAUUGAAGGUCGAUGUCCCCCGUUAUGCUAUUAAGAAAUGUCAAUCAUUCUUUGGGGUUGUGCAAUGGGACUAG